AUGACCCCGCCACAUGAAGAAGAUCUGCACCACGGCAACAAUCCCGCCAACCUUGAUCGAGAAAUAGAUAAUCUGUCAAAGCGCCUCUACGAGGUUGAGCUCUACGCAUUCGAAAGAAACAAAGGCGCCCUGCGAGUCAGCGCGCACGGCCCAACGGACCUGAGCGUCCUCGUAGCGACUGAGAUGUACUGGCAAGGCAAUACUGAACGGAGCGAAUCGUACCUAAAGAGUCGGCACAAAGUCUCUGCACGAGUUGAGCAUGCAUCCUUUGACUCAUACUGGAAGAAACAAUACAUGAAGUCACUCCCCGAUACAAACUGGGCGUUCCGUGACGACGAAGACAGUACGCUCCUCGACGUCGAGUGCUAUACCUAUUACGAGAGCCAAUCGUGCCCUGGGACCGUUACACUCGAGGGAUUCGGACUCGAGUGCUGGGAUGCUAUCGAGCCGCAGACUAUCAGCGUCCCGGUCAGCUAUGUCCCACUCCCCACGCUGCCCAUAUCAAAGCUUCUCCGGCGGGUGGAUGAGCUUCGGAGGGGAGACAUCGAGCUCGGGCAGGAUUCGCAGAAGGAUCUCUGGGACUUAUUGGAGAUGCUUGGGGAUGAAGGGUAUGAACUAUCAAUGCCAAAUCAUGCUGCAUGCGCAUGCAUGCCUACUCAGAGAGAGAGCCAGAGCCUAAUCACGUACAGAAUCCGUCCAUAUACCACACGCCGCGCCCCCGAAAUAACGCUAAACAUGCCGGACCUGUACGAACAGCUCAACCGGCGCGACAUCAUGGCCGACUUUGGUCAGAUAUCCAGCGUGACGAUGCAGACGUACGCUACCGAGGGCUAUUCCCUUGCGGAUUUCAUCUAUCAAAUGAUCCUCUCCAAGGAACUGGCACGGCGAUUGGAACGAUAUGACCACGUGCGUGCGUAUGCCGGGUUCACGGAGAAGAUCCUUGCCUCGUUGAUUAUUGCGGAUCGGUGGUUUCAGAAUACGAGAUUCGUCCUGGAGGAUAUUAAAGAGGACUUUUCGAAAGUCCACAGGCCAGAGACGGAAGAGGAGAGAGCGAGGGCGGAGGAGCUUAAAGUCCGAGGGAAUCGAGCCAUGGAUGGCAAGGAGUACGAGAAAGCGGCUGAACUGUACGAACAGGUGAUUGAGAUCGACGGGACGAAUGCAGUCUAUCGAUGUAACCUGUCGGCUGCGCUCGCCUCGCUAGGGAAACAUUGGGCUUCGCAGGAACAGGCAGUCAACGCAACGGCCCUUGAUCCGGCGUAUGCAAAGGCGUGGGCGCGUCUUGGAUUCGCGGAAUUCCAGCUGGGCCGUACCCUGAGAGCUAAGGACGCAUAUACACGGGCAAUUGAGGUAGCCGGUCCUUCAGCAACGGCGACAAUGAAACAAGGCCUCGUCGACGCACAGGCAAAGAUCGAUGCAACACUGAAAGCAAUCGAGGACGAAAGGGAUAGGGAGAGGCAAGAUAACCUCCGGAAAGCACACCUUGAGGAGAAAUGGGACGUUGUCGGUAUGGAUCUCCAUAUGCGAUCUAUUGUUCAUGAGCGCCAGGCGGAGGGGUUGCUCGUCUUUGCGGAGAAGAUGAAGUGGCCUUAUAUUGAUGAGGUACGGGAUUGCUUGGAGACUGCCUACAAGAAUGUCCAAGCCGGACUUGCGAUUGAUUUCUUUCUACAUGACUGGCUGACUGGCGUGAUUCUUCCUGGGAGGUGGUUCGCCUUUACGAUCAUGUCGGCGCUGAUUAUAUGUUCGCCGUCUAUUACUGACUUGGGCGUUGCCCAGUACUAUAAUUCGGGCUUAUCCCUGCCCGACUGUUCCUACUGGAGAGUCCGCACUGUCCUGGGCCGGGUACUGGCAUCCCUCCCUGGGGUGGUCUCGCUAAACGGCUGGAUUGGACCCUGUCCCCCUGUGCAGGUUGUCGGACGAGCCAAUGACGGUGACAGCAGGCCCCGCCAUGCUAAGCUGAAGGCUCAAGGUGUGCUACCAUCGGAGUAUAUCACCGUGAUCGAAGCCGAUAAUCUCUACCUCGAGCGACGUCCAGAAGCACCACCGAGGAGGCCCCACGAGGAAGAGGAGUCCUAUAUCGCCGAGAUAGAAGAUCCUUACUACUGGGUCAGCCCUGAGCCACCUGCUGAGCAGGCGACCAUCUGUGAGAUCAAGGCGAUCCGUCUCGAGGCCUUGCCGCUCAACCCCGACAUUACUAUCAAAGUUGCAAGUGGAGAACUUGACACAGCUGCCGCCGACAAGGAAACGGAGUACCUUGCGAGCAUCGAAUUCCAGAUUGGCGGCAGCCCCGGCACUGUGACAUACGCUCUCCUCACAAACCCCGCCUUUGUCUCGCUGGAAUCUUGCUAUCCCGAGCCUAAUACCGCGCAUCACGUCCAUGCACGCGAACUGCCCGAGUAUCAGACGAACGUUUGGACGGUCGAGCAGCUCAAAUCUUUCAUCCCGGGCAAUGACUCCAGCGAUAUGAUCAUUAUUAAUGCCACGGGCAAGGGUGCAAGAACCCUCGCCCAGGCUUGGUGUGCUGAGCGAGGACAGAACGCUGUCGUUCGCACAGUGGGUGGUCCUUGCUUUGCGUGCGCUGUUCGCGCUGCGGGCAAACUGGGCUUGGGGAUUGGUGCUUUGAUAUGGUUGUCGUAG